AUUGUCCUUGUAGUUCCUUUAAAUGAUCUAUGUAAAAAAUGAAUAUAUGGAAAAACUACAACGACAUAAAAAAAAAUUCAAAAAGAUUUUAUUUAAAAAAAUUGCAGUCACAAAAAAACAAAACGUGUAAUUAUAGAUACCAAACACAUUGUGGAUGAAGAGACGGUUAGGAGUAGAGGGAAAAAAGGACAAAGACAUAAGGGAUGAGAUAACGAAUUGUGGCGCUAAACUUGGCGUUUGGCUGUUGAUUAAAAGUAACGGUUAGGAAGCAACAGAAAGGGGAGAGUAAUGGCCUGCAACAGUUGCUCUUCUUCGUCCUGGCUCAUACUCUCAUCCACCCACGCCAAACGCCUUCCCAUUGCUUCGCAAAUUCAAUGGCAUUCAGAUUCCUAUACCCGCAAAAACCUCCACCACCCUCCCCAAAUCAAUCGCCAUUGGGUUCAAGCUUCUGAUCAAACGCUCGCGUCUCCAGAAAGAUUCAGCGUGGCGUCAUACAACAUACUGGGGGAUAGAAAUGCUUCUCAACACUCUGAUUUGUAUGUGAACGUUCCUUCUCGUUACAUCAACUGGGACCGUCGCAAGAGGGUUAUUUGCGAUGAACUCUUUGGAUGGGACCCUGAUAUUAUCUGCUUACAAGAGGUAGACAAGUAUUUUGAACUCUCAAACAUUAUGGUUAAAGCAGGAUAUGCAGGAUCUUAUAAGAGACGCACUGGAGAUACAGUUGACGGUUGUGCAAUGUUUUGGAAAACUGAUAAGUUCCGGUUACUAGAAGGAGAGAGCAUUCAAUUUAAGGACAUUGGCCUUCGUGAUAAUGUUGCUCAACUUUCAGUUUUUGAGAUGUGUGAAUCUGACUCAAGAAGAUUGUUAGUUGGUAACAUCCACGUACUUUACAACCCAAGCAGGGGAGAAGUUAAAAUAGGUCAAAUUCGUUUUCUCUCGUCAAGAGCACAGUACCUCUCAGAGAAAUGGGGUAAUACCCCUGUUGUGCUAGCUGGUGAUUUUAAUAGUACUCCUCAGAGUGGAAUAUACAAGUUCUUGUCAUCGUCUAAGCUUAAUAUCAUGCUGUAUGACAGAAAGGAAUUAUCUGGACAGAAACGCUGUCGUCCUGCCCAAGUUUUAGGCGAGAAUAAAGAAACAGUUGGUCCAAUCGUCACACUAGAUGGAUUGUUUAAGUGCUGGACAGAUGAAGAGGUAAAAAUAGCAACCGGAGAUUCUGAGCGUUAUUUGGCUGUGCAUCCAUUGAAGCUGAAUAGUUCGUAUGCCACAAUUAAUAACAGUAAAAUUACAAAAGCUUUUCAGGGUUCAACUAGUACACGGGGAUUCAAUGGUGAACCCUUGGCAACUUCCUAUCACUCAAAGUUUCUUGGCACUGUAGAUUACUUAUGGUACUCGGACGGUAUUGUACCUACAAGAGUUCUUGAUACCGUUCCAAUAAGUGAUCUCGUAAGGGCAGGUGGCCUCCCAUGCAAGGUAUUCCUGCUUUGUGUGAUAGAUCUUAUCACUUCUCUGGGAUCAUUUAGUCCAACUAGAUGUCUACGAAAGUGGGGAGCGACCAUUUGGCCUUGGUUUCUGAAUUUUCUUUCUCAAUUAGCAACAAUGAACCUACAGACACAGUGGCAGCAGCAGCAGCAUCUCCUAUAGUAGAUAUCGAAGAGCCUAACAAUCAACAGUCAUAGAAAACAUCUCAGCGUUUGUGUUUGGAAACAGAUUUUUGUUUUCCUCGUUUACUUAUACUAGUUUGAAUGAUUUACUUAGCGUAGCUCAAAUUUGUUGAAAUAGGUUGUAAUUUAGAUUAAGGUUGAAGUUCCAGUUGCUGUUUUUUUUUUUGAGAGGUCCAGUUGCUGUUAGUAUUUCUCAAUGUAAUGUACCAUAAGAAGUACAAAAAUUGAAUUAUUGCAUUAUUGGUCACUGCGUGUUCCUUCGGCCUGUGUUUUAGUAAUAAAAUUCAUCUUAAUUCUCUA